UGUUUUGUCCUUAUUGUCAGCGAAGCUUUUCCCUUUUCCGGAGUUUUUUUUUAAUUCUUUUACUCCCUCUGAUCCAUAUUGAUUAUCGCAGCUUUAGUACAACUUUGUACUAAAGCCGUGAUAAUUAAUAUGGAUCAGAGGGAGUACUGUUAACCAAAUCCUGAAUGGCAUUAAUAUUUGGACAUAUGAAGAAGAAAGUUCUUUGCAGAAUAUCAGCUGUUUGUUUUCAGGUAUGCGGACUGUCCAGGUAAUGCUUACCUACAACCUUUUUUCUGGGCAAAAACAUGUACAUUAGAUUCACAGCUUAUUAUGUACAGAUUGCCUUUUCUGGAUCUCACAGCCGCGGUCUACAAUGCCCCACAGCUGCGGUGUACAACCCUCCUGUUUCCAAAAGAAAAGAGUCUGGCAGCAAUCGAAGGCAGAACCAGUUACUUGGUGAGCCUCAUGGAUGAUGCACACUUGUGGAGAGUGAGCAAUCAAGCAUGGUUCAAUCCUGAGGUGUCAUUGUGGUUGUGGAAACUGAGGAACUAAGCAAGGUUCUUCAACCUCAGUUGACCUUUGUUGACAGUGAGUGGCCAGGCCUGGCAUGGCUAAGUGAAGCAAAAUCGGUUCUUAUCAUAACUGAGCCCAGGGAAAAAUCAAGAGCAAGACUAAGUUAACCUGGCAAGGCUGAUGUUGAGCUCACAGUACGGAUGGCGCAUCUCCGGCCUGAGCACGACAUGAUCGAGGCGUUAUCCAGGAUGCUGGAAUGGACUGCCCUGACUGCGAGAGUCGGUCGAAUGCGGUCUCGGUUGCCCACGGACACGGUUCGUCUGUUGCUACUGAUUUUAUCUUUUUUAUUUUCCUUUCUGAUUGCCGUAAACCAUGAAAGGAGUACCCAUCCAUUCAUCUUAAUGGAGGUUCGGGAUCUGCAUUGGAUUGCGUGGCUGUGGUUUGUUAGUGAAUGAAUUGCUGUGGUCCAUCUUAUACGCUGGUACCAAACUGUUGCAUACGGCUAGGCUCAACUUUGAGCCCAACAAAUUGAAAAAUGUGCAGACACAGCACAUGCACAUUGGCACAUAUCUAGUGGCCGUUCAUUUUGAAAUGGCAGCAAUCCAGCCAGGGCUGGAGCACGGCACUCUCCUUGUUGAAUGGUUUCAUUUCAUUCAAGUGGAUUGAUGUCAAAUCUGGAUUGCAUCUAGCGCCAUUGUUAUCUCGUUGAUUAGCAUCGUCAACUCGUUGGAGAUCGACCGGGUGGCUAGCUAACUAGCAUUGCUGAUACAACCAUGGCGGCCACUCUAGGCGCAUCCCCUUGCCCGCUCGUCGGCCCGGUCCCCUUCAAGGGCGUCGGCGACGGUGAUGACCAUGCCGUCUCCCCGCCGGAAGAGUACGCGGACGUCAUCUCCGCCAUGCCUACCAUCACCGUGCGCGGAGGCCUGGUGAUGCGCCAGAACCAGGGCGCCUGGCAGGUCCACCAGUGGGUGGCGGGGUCCUCUCUUUCCAGCGGCGCUCCGCCUCAACCCGCACGACUGCGUCCCUCUGGUCGACAGCCUCUUCAGCGCCGGCCAGGAGACCAAGCUGGACGCGCUGCCGUCGCCCAGGCUGAUCAACACGCACGUCCACCACUCCCUCCUGUCGCCCACAGCCCAGACUGCAAGAUCGUCCACGCCUGCAGGAAGCCCAAGGAUAUGCUGAUUUCGCUGUGGCACUUGUACGAAAGCUUGGUGACGGCAGAGGGCGGCACCUACGCGUUCUCCGACCUGUUCGAGAACGCGUGCCAGGGCAAGCACCCCAACGGCCCCAUCUGGGACCACGUCCUCGGCUACUGGCAGGCGAGCAGAGCCAGCCCGGAGAGGAUCCUCUUCCUGCGGUACGAGGAGAUGCUGCGCGACCCGGUCGGCAACGUCAGGGAGCUGGCGCGGAUUCUCGGAGUGCCGUUCACGGCGAUCGAGGAGGCGGCGGGGCUGCCGGCGGACAUCGUGACGCUGUGCAGCAUCGAGACGCCGAGGGGCCUCGGCGCCAAGAAGACCGUCUUUGUCAAGUUCCCGCACGCGUUCUUCUUCAGGAAAGGGGUUAUCGUUAUUUGGUUCAAGAAGUAAGAAACCGUAGUAGUAACAAUUUAGAUGAAUGAAUGCAUCUCCAUGACUAGUGUGGAUGGU